AUGAGCGGCAUCGCAGAACGACUGCUCGUGCUCAGGGAUGCUUCGGAGAUGCCACAGCAGACCAACCCCUCCACGGUUCAGGAGGUGGUCAACAUCGCACGGGCUUACGCGCAGGCGUCUUUCGUCCAUGAGAAGCUCUUGGAUUCGACUGGGCAAGAAGCUAUCGUCCAAAGCCGCGAGUGGCCUCCACGAGAUUUGGCAAACACGGUGCAGGCUCGGGCAAAGAUGGUAUUGAUUGACUAUCCACUCACAUCGGCAGCCUCUGCGGCGUCGCUGGCGCAGAUACACCGGAUGAACCAGCAGGACCUGUCGAACAGUUUCUGGUCGUUCGGCCAGCUCGAGAUACAGGACGUGGCACUAAUCUGCGCUGCAGCGGGGCGUGUGCUUCCAAUGCUGAGUUCUGCUCGUCCGAGUUCAGAUGUUGCAAGAGACCUGGCGCUUUUGGCAUGGUCUUUGGCGAAGUUGGAGUUGGCGACUCGUCGUUUGAUGUCGGCAGCUGCUGACCAGAGUCUCAAGCAGAUCGAAGCAAGAACUUGUGGUCCACAGGCCCCGGCUAACACAGCUUGGGCCCUUGCGACCUACGCCCACCGGCAUGAGCCUCCAUUCGAGGCCGUCGCAAGGCUCAGUCUUGAGACUAUUUCCGAGUCCGAUCAGCAGGAGCUUACCAAUGCAGCGUGGGCUUUUGCCGAAGUCCGUUUCCGCAGUUCGCCUUUCACCGAAGCGAGUUUCAUCCUCCUUUCGGCUGCCGACAUGCAGAUGAGUCAGGAGGAGGCGGCACGCGGUGGGUACGCCAUGGCUUGGGCGCAGGAUCGCCAUGGCCGUGCUGACCUCACACGUUCGCUGGUGCUGAGGUUCGUUGCAGGGGAGAGAUGCCACAGUCUCGCGUGGGGACUGGUUAUUCAGGACGAGGAAUGGCGGCAUCAUGCACCACCCAAUGGUGCAGCAGCCACACUGCAGGCUGAAACUUGUGACUGCGUCGUUUGA